CCGGGAGCUUCCCACCCACGGGGUCCCCGCUCCGCCCUCUCCCACACCAGCGGUGCCUCCGCGCCUAAGCAACUCGCCCGCGGGCUGCUGGUGUGGUUUGGUUUUGUUCUUCUUCUUGUAGCCUCUCACCCCUCCCUCCCACCUAAGUCUCGUCGAUAACUUAACCCAAAUAAAUCGCUCGUUCUCCCGCAUUCGGCGGUGGCGGUGACGACCUCGCCCACGAAAGCGGGCAGAGACUAGAUAGUCGCGGCGGUGGGUGGGUGGGUGGUGAUCCGCGCGUUUUCUCAUUCGAUUCGAUGUUAGCGAGAGCGAGACGAGUGAUUCAAAUGUGAAUUUGAAUAGCGAACCGCUUCGCCCUGGGCCCUCUCCGCCCCCCAUUGUGCACCUAACGGUGCCCUCCGCGCUCGCCUCGUUAACGGCGGCGGCGUCAAGAGCCUCGGUCGGACGGUGGUUUAAGAUGCGCUGGUGAAGAUGAUGACGGUGGUGGUGGUGGUGAGGAGUGAUAUUUGGUAGUUUGUUGUUGGGAGAGAAAAGGAAGAGAGACGGGGAAAGGGAGCGAUGCAGGCCGAGGGUGGAAUCUCUGCAAUGGAGGAAUUCAUGGGCACGCCGCUUGCCACAUGGGUCAGGACGUUCUCCCCAAAAAACGAGGAGGAGGAGGACACGUUGACGGAGUACACCAAGCUGGUGGAUGGCGUGUUCCUCAACGACAUCAUGCAGCAAAUAGACCCGAGGCCGGACGACCACCGCGUGAACGCGAACGUGAACGGCGACGUGAACGUUCGUAUUGAGAACCUCGGUGUCCUCGUUCGUCACAUCAAGGCCUACUACCAGGACACCCUGCAGCAGCUGAUAAUCAUGAUGCCACCCCACGUGCUGACCCUGGCUCGCGACCCCUUCUCCGAGAAGAGCAUUCUGGAGCUGAAGAAGUUGCUGCUGCUCAUUCUGGGCUGCGCUGUGCAGUGUGAGAAAAAGGAGAAGCACAUCGAGAAAAUCAAGGAACUAGACAUCAACACCCAGGCGGCGAUCGUCGCGCACAUCAAAGAGGUCACGCAGAGCCAGGAGAACAUCCUGGACAUGCAGUGGAUGCAUGUGACGGAGGUGGUGCCCGAGGAUCUGUACGCGCUGACGCACGGCAUGGUCUACAACCUGCGCCGGCUCGUCGACGAGCGCGACAAGUUCUCGCAGAUGAUCGUGGAGCUGGCCCAAGAGCGAGACCACCUCCAGCAGCAGCUGCAGCACGGGAAGCUGGAGACGUCGUCACCCAGCGGGCCGGAGCGGGCUCCCUCGCCGUCGGCCCACGUCCGCCUGUCGCCCAUCGACAACCGGCAGCACCUCGCGGUGGAGCUCGCCGACACCAAGGCCAAGUGUCGGCGCGUCCGCCAGGAGCUGGAGGAAAGGACAGAGCAGCUUACCGACUGCAGACACGAGCUUCAGCAAAUGGACCUGGAGCUGAAGAGGUUACGGCAGGAGAACCUGCUGCUGGUGCCGGAGGCGCGGGCGGCGCGGACGUACCGCGACGAGCUGGACGCCAUGCGGGAGCGUGCGGGCCGCGUGGAGCGGCUCGAGAGCGAGGUGGGGCGCUACAAGGAGCGCCUCCACGACGUCGACUUCUACCGCGCGCGCGCCGAGGAGCUGCGCGAAGACAACGGGGUGCUGCUGGAGACGAAGGCGAUGCUCGAGGACCAGCUGGAGGUGGCGCACUCGCGCUGCGACAAGCUGCACGAGCUGGAGAAGGAGAACUUGCAGCUGCACUCCAAGAUUCACGACCUGGAGAUGGAACGGGACGCGGACAGGACGAGGCUGGAGGAGCUGGUGGAGGAGAACCUGACGCUGGAGAUGGCGCAGAAGCAGAGCAUGAACGAGUCGGCGCACCUCGGCUGGGAGCUCGAGCAGCUGAGCAAGACGGCUGACCUCGGCGACAACGGACGGCGGCAGUCGGUGAGCACGGAGGUGAGCGAGGCGACGUCGAGCCGCGUGCUGCGCUUGGAGAAGGAGAACCGCAGCCUCAUGCAGACCGUGCAGGAGCUGCGCGAGGCUGCGAUGGCAGCGGCGGCGGCAGCGGCAGCCACAGUAACAAACGCAACCACCGCAACCGCUAGCAAAAGCAGCAGCAAGAACACCGCCGCUUCUGGCGCGGCCAGGAUCCCCCCACGGCUGCCGCCCAAGCCAGUCGAGGUGGUGCGGUUGCGCGAGCUGGAGGUGAACAAUCGGCAGCUGAACGACAAGGUGGAGCAGCUGCAGGCGGAACUCCAGAGCGAGCGAAGAAGCCUCAAGGAUAUGGAGAGUCUUAGCAACGAGCUCCUGCGCGACAAGGAGCACCUGGAGGGGAGCAUGCGGACCGUGCACGACAACUGCAGGAAGCAGAUGAAGGCGCUGGAGCAAGAGAAAGAGAAGCUGAUGCGGCUGGUAGAGAAAGACGCCGACGACGCUGGCAGCCCCGUGGCAGUAACGCCGGCGGAGCCGGGGGGGGCACGGCUGGCGCGGCUCGAGGCGGAGCGGCGCGAGCAGGCGGAGCGGGCAGACGGCGCCGAGCGGGAGGUGCGGCGGCUGCAGCGCGAGCACAGCCAGCUGCAGCGUCGCGGCGCCGGCAGUGCGGAGAGGCUCGCCGCGCUCCAGCAGGCGCACUCCGCCCUCGAGGAGGACAGCCGCAAGCUCCGGAAGACGCUCGAGGGGCUGCAGGGCGUGCGCUCGCAGCUCGAGGGCCUGGAGAAGGACAACGCGCAGCUGGACGAGGAGAACGCCGCCCUACGCCACACCGUCGAGUCGCUGAAGUCGGCCGAGGCGCGGCUUGUGCAGGCCGAGCGUGACAACCGCGACCUGGAGCAGGAGAAGGAGACGCUGCGGCGCUCGCUCGAGGGCCUGCGCACUGCCGGGCGCAAGGCCGAGCGGCUCGAGGCCAGCGUGCAGGCCCUCGAGACGGAGAGCCAGCGCACCCAGCGGGCGCUGGAGGCCGCCAGCAAGAAGGCCGCGCAGACAGAGUGCGAGCUGCAGGAGAUGGAGCUGGAGAACCAGUCGCUGCAGCGCAGCGUGGAGGAGCUGCGCAUGUCGGCGCGCCGGCUGGAGGUGGCGGAGCAGGCGGCUCGCUCGCUGGAGGCCGAAGUGGCACAGAUCGAGAAGGAGCGCAAGCAGCUGAAGAAGGAGGUGUGGCGGCUGCGCCAGCAGGCGGAGGUGCGCGAGGCCGUGGCGGAGGAGGCGGCGGCACGCAUCGCGGAGCUGGAGGUCAACGGGCGCUCGCUGUCGCGCGAAGUGGCGCGUCUCUCGGAGUCCUGCGCCCGCCUGCGUGACGCCGAGCGAGACAGCAAGGAGCUUCUCAAGGAGGUCACCAUCGGCAAGAAGACGCUGGCGACGCUCCGAGAGGACCUGGUGACCGAGAAGCUGCAGGGCCAGCAGCUGAGCAAUGAGCUGGACAAGCUGAGCAACGAGCUGGAGAAGAUAGGCCUCAACAAGGAGCGGCUGCUACAGGACGCGCACAGCAACGACGAUACGAAGUACAAGAUCCUGGAGUCGAGGAUCGAGUCGACGCUCAAGAAGACGCUGGAGCUGCGGGAGGAGAAGAUCUCGGCUCUGGAGUCGCGCCUCGAGGAGUCCUCCAACCUCAACCAGCAGCUGCGGCAGGAGCUCAAAACGGUGAAGAAGAACUACGAGGCUCUGAAGCAGCGGGAGGAGGAGGAGCGGAAAAGCGGCGGCGGCGGCGUCAGUCCCCUGCCGGGCCGGCGCGCCGACGCGCUCGCCGUGAGCCAGACGCAGAGCGAGUCGCGCGAAGCCACACGGGAACUGCUGCGCGUCAAGGACCGGCUCAUCGAGAUCGAGAGGAACAAUGCGACGCUACAGGCAGAAAAGCAGGCACUGAAGGCGCAGUACAAGCAGCUGGAGUCACAGAACAACCACCUGCAGACGCAGAUCCUGGCUCUGCAGAAGCAGGCCGUGUCGCUGCAGGAGCACAACACCGCGCUGCAGACGCAGAACGCCAAGCUGCAGGUCGAGAACUCGGCCGUGAGCUCGCAGAGCGCCUCACUCAUGGCGCAGAACGCGUCGCAGCAGGGCCAGCAGGCGGCGCUGGAGGCCGAGGCGGAGGAGCUGGCGCGAUCGCGCGAGGAGCUGCACGCCACCUACGAGGCGCUGAGCCGCGACCACGAGCGCCUCGUGGGCCUGCACGAGCGCCAGGCCGCCGACUACGAGGCGCUCAUCGGCAAGCACGGCCACCUCAAGAGCGCGCACCGCGCCACGGAGCUGCAGCACAAGGAGCUGGAGGACAGGUACAACACGCUGCUGAAGCAGAAGGUGCAGCUGCAGGAGCUGGAGGGCGUGCUGCGUGCCGAGCAGGACAAGCUGGCGCAGGAUGCCAGCAAGUACGAGUCCAUCGCCAGCGACUACCACCGCCUGCGUGACGAGAACGACAGGCUGAACCUGACCUACAGCCACCUCAUGAAGGAGCACGAGGGGCUCCAGGUAGAUCACAAAGCGACCAAGAGCCAACUCAACGGGAGCCGCCUGGAGCAGGCACGCCUCGAGGCCGAGUACUCGGAGCUUCGCGAACACUGCCAGCAGCUGGACGUCACCUCGGCUAAGCUGAGCAACCAGUGCGAGCUUUUAUCGCAGCUCAAGGGCAACCUGGAGGAGGAGAACCGGCACCUCCUGGACCAGAUCCAUCGACUCAUGGAGAGCAAGGAGCAGUACCACUCUGAGCAGAUGCAGUACAUAGACAAACUGAACGAGCUGCGGAGGCAGAAGGAGAGGCUGGAAGAGAAGAUCAUGGACCAGUACCGCUUCUACAGCCUCUCGCCGCCACGACGGAAAAGCAACUGGAUCGCGGCGAAGAUGAAGAAGCUGAUCCGGCCGAAGAAGGAGGGCGGUGGCGGCGUCGCCGGCACCGGCGCCGGCAGCAGCACGACCGUCGGUCGGGAGCAGCUGCGCUGCAGUGUGGAGGGGGCGCUGGGCGACGGCCUCCCCGGGGACAGCCAGGACAGCUCGUCCGUCGGCUCCAACUCGCUGGACGAGAUCGGAGCUCACGGCGCCCACGCCGUCACCGUCACCCGCAAGAGCAGCACGAGCACGCUCAAACGGCUGCUGCGGAGCAGAGCCAAGGACAGGGACGAGCGGAAGGCGUUGCACCGGCGAUCCAUGUCGAUGAACGACCUGGUCCAGAGCAUCGGCUACUCGCUCUCAAAACUGGGUGGCGUCAGCGGCGAUGGCAGUGGUGGUGGCGGCGGUGUCAGCGGUGUCAACGGUGGAGGUGGUGGUGGCGGCAGCGGUGGCGUCGUUAACAUUUCCAGCAGCUCCAAGACCCUGGAAAGGCAGCAGCAGCAGCAGCCGGCAGGAUUGAUGCAACAACAGAAGCAGCAGCAGCAGCAGCAACGUGCAGGCAGCAUGGACGCGCUGGACGCGCCGGACGAGGGCCUCUCUCGGCACCGCCGGCGCGACCUCGGCUGCAUGGCCUUCUCCACGUCAGCCGUCAACAUGGUGGCCAGCACCUCCACGCCGAGCCUUCUCCUUGCGCGCCGCCGCCCAAAGGGGAAGAUGCCAGUGAGUUCGUCGUGCGAGGAUUCGGCGUUGCCCAGUCCCCAGGAGCUGCAUUCGUCCACACCAAUGUCCAGCGCGACAUCCUCCGGAUCUUCAAGCAUAGACGGCAACCGCCGGGACAGUAGCAAUAGCAAUAACAACGCCAGCACGCGGGCCAGCAGAGUUAAUGGCGCGCCGGACAGCCCGGCGAGCGAGGAGCCGGUGUCUCCCAGGACGCCGGGGACCCCGGCGCCGCCUAUUUCCACGCAGGUGGCGCCCUCGGCGCCGCCUGUGCCCGGCUUGCGGCAGAAGCCAGGGAUCGGGUCGCCGGGCAGCGAGCUGAUGACCCUCGAGCAGUUCCUGGAGGAGAGCAACCGCCUGUCGCCGACGUGCCUGCGCAAGGUCGUCAGCGAGGAGAACAUCCUGGACGGGCGGGAGGAGCGGCCGGCGACGGGCGAGGCGCAGGACCGGCGCCAUCAGCGCGAGCGCGUCGGCUUCGCCGCCCGGGACGGCGUCCGCCCACCCAGACCCGGGCAGUACGUGCGGCCCAGCCCCCGCAACGGCAGCGCCGCGGACGGCGUCAGCGGCGACGCGUCGGGACCGGGUCUCGACGGCCAGCGCCGGGCGCUGUCCGUGGCCGAGCGGCUCGACCGGCUGCAGCAGCAGCAGCCGCGAUUGUCGGAUCCCGACGGGUACCUGCACGGGAGCAGCACGCUGCCACGCAAGGGGCUCUCCCUCCGGGACCGCCCGCCGCUCGCCGACGACCGGGGGGCCUCGCCGGCACGCGCCGCCUGCCGCGGCGAGGACGCCGGGAGCCCCGGCGGGGCCGUGGCAUCGCCGCCGCCGCCGCGUCCCGGCUUGUCGGCCGGCGGGGUGGCGCGCUCGCCCUCGUGCAGCGUGCAGGAGCUGAUGCAGCACGACCGGCGGCGACCUGUGUCGGUGGACGUCUCGCCCGUCGGCGACAAGGCGCCCUGCGCAACCGCCGCCCCGCCGGGUUCACAGAAUUCCCAGCUUGCCGUAGAGCGGGAGGCGGCGGCGGUGGAGGCGGUGACGGCGGUGACGGCGACGGCGACGGCGGUGCGCGUGCAUCAGCAGGAGACGCACCCUCGGCUGGAGCGGCCGCAGUCGUUUAAAGUCACGGCCGUGACGGCGAAGUCGUUAACGCCCGAGUACCCCUGCCGGCCGGUCGACACACGCCGCUUCUCGUUCGCCCCGGCGAAGGAGGAGGGCGGUGGUGGUGGCGGCGGCGGCGGCGGCGGCGGCGGCGGCAGCGGCGCCACAGCCCGGUGGUGCGUACCGGGGACGGGGGGCAGCGUCAGGAAAUCGGCUACGGCCACGCAGAUCGGAUCGCCGCCGGGCAGCGGUGCGGCGAAGGAGAUUGUGGUGACGCAAGUGCAGCUGUCGGUGGCGCCGCCAUCGGGCAGCCUCAUCCGGCUGCAGCGGCCCGCGCCGAGACCCAGCGACAUCGCCAUGGUGACGCCGGUGGUGGCGGUGGGGCCGGCAUCGGGGUCGCAGGACGACGCUGAGCAACAACAGCAGCAGGCGGUGGCGCCGGUCGCCAUGACGGGCACGGACGCGGCGGACGCUGGCGCCGUUACGCCGCCACCGCCCAAGGACGGCGCUCAGACGCCGCCCCAGGCCACCUCCACCCCAACGGACAAGCAGACCGUGUGCCUCCUGGCGCCUUGGUGCAGGUGCACCGCCUGCGCACUCGAACGCUCCGCCACCCGGCCGCGGCCGCCGCCGCCAAACUCCACAAUCUGAAUACGACUUGAGCGAGCGGUUCAUGAUGAAUUGGACGAUUGGUUUUAUGCAGCCGACAACGCUUCCACGAGUUGCCUCUCAACCCGGGUUUAACAGCUCUCUUGUUACUGCGUGUCCUUGCACUAUGUAAGUUACCAACCGUGGGUUUUUUUAAUCUAUGGAAUUAGUUUUUUUUACUACUAUAACACUCCGUGUUGCCUGUCUGUCUGCAGCAGCAGAAUCGACCUAACCUCCGUGUCCCACCACUUCCGUGCGACGUGACGUCGGCUGUCAGACACCCCCGCGUGUCACAAAGCUGUGUUUUUCUCAAAUUCGACACCGUGGUUUUUUUUACUGACGUUUUUUUUUUCUACAAACUCCGCCUUUGUUUUACAAUUUAAGUUAUAUUUGACGUUCACUUUCUUGAGACUGCUUUCCCAGCUGUUUUGAGAUCGUAGCGAUACGUAUUCCACCCUGUGCUUUCUCACAGAUGAUUGACCGUCUUGCCUGAUGUCGAUGUUUAAAGUUGUACGUCAGCGUGUCGUGUCAUUAUCAUUGCUGUUAUUAUUAUUAAAAAGAGGCCGAGUCUGG